UCAACAGCUGCCAGCAUGGCUGCACCGAAGAACCCCUUUUAUUAUUAUUUAACAACUCUUCUUCACUACUCUUUUCUUCCUCGGAGCAGCGCGGAGCGGCGCUUCUCGGAUCUGAAGCGAUGCGCCGAUGAAGAAUGCAGCAUGCUUCUCAACAGAGGGAAGGCCGCCAAGGAUUUCACAGGGCCGGACUGCCGGUUUCUCUCUUUUAAAAAAGGAGAGACGAUAUAUGUAUAUUAUAAACUCUCAGGGCAGAGAUCGGAUGUGUGGGCUGGUAGUGUUGGAAACCACUUUGGUUAUUUCCCAAAGGACUAUCUUAAUAUAAAUCAUAUAUAUACUGAAAAUGAAUUGGAGGUACCUACAGAUGAAACUGAUUUUGUUUGCUUUGCGACUGGGCUUGAUAAAUUUGAAAGCUAUGACAUAGAUGUGUUAUUAGGCAGCACAUUGUUGCUAGAAAAUGAGAAUUCAACAGAAGAAUCAAAAGAACCAGCUCAGAAUGAAGAUGCAUCUCAAAUGAUGACGACAGAAUCAGUGGAGACCCUUGAAUCAGAGUCAUUCGACUCAGAAUCAACAUCGAUUCUUGAAUCAGAGUCAGUUGAUUCAGAAUCACAAUCGGUUCAUGAAUCAAAGUCAGUUGAUUCAGAAUCAGCAUCACAUCUUGAAUCAGAGUCAGUAGAUUCAAAAUCGAUUCUUGAAUCAGAGUCAGUUGAAUCAGAAUCACAAUCGGCUCAUGAAUCAAAGUCAGUAGAUUUAGAAUCAUCAUCCCUUGUUGAAUCAAAGGCAGUUGAUUCAGAAUCAGCAUCACAUCUUGAAUCAGAGUCAGUAGAUUCAGAAUCGAUUCUUGAAUCAGAGUCAGUUGAUUCAGAAUCACAGUCGGCUCAUGAAUCAAAGGCAGUUGAUUCAGAAUCAGCAUCACAACUUGAAUCAGAGUCAGUAGAUUCAGAAUCGAUUCUUGAAUCAGAGUCAGUUGAUUCAGAAUCACAAUCGGUUCAUGAAUCAAAGUCAGUAGAUUCACAAUCAUCAUUCCUUGUUGAAUCAAAGGUAGUUGAUUCAGAAUCAGCAUCACAUCUCGAAUCAGACUCAGUAGAUUCAGGAUCGAUUCUUGAUUCAAAGGCAGUUGAUUCAGAAUCAGCAUUACUUCUUAAAUCAGAGUCUGUUGAUUCAGAAUCAAAGUCGGCUCAUGAAUCAAAGGCAGUAGAUUCAGAAUCAGCAUUCCUUGUUAAAUCAAAGGCAGUUGAUUCAGAAUCAGCAUCACAACUUGAAUCAGUAGAUUCAGAAUCGAUUCUUGAUUCAAAGGCAGUUGAUUCUGAAUCUGUAGAACCUCCUGAAACAGAGACAUUAAUGAAAUCUACUGAAGAGGACUCUGGUAGCUUUCAUCCAAAGACAGAUGUUUCAUCAGAACCGAUAUCUGAAUCCAAAGAUGCACUAACAGAAGAGACAGAAGAUACUCCAAUAAGCCAUGAUGCUGAGGUCAUCUCAGAGGAUGCAGAAGCAGAACCAUCUGAUUCUGAUGAGCAAGAUAUUGUUUAUUCUGAACUGUUGCACAACCAAAGUGACACUGAUUUUGAGCCACUUGAAACACAGACAGCAGGUUUAGAUGUAGUACAUGAAGAACCCGCUGAAACAGAGCUAAAUGAUAAAGAUAUACCACUACAAGCACCAGAGGAAACACUCGAGGAUGAGGACAGGUCAAGCUUUAAAGAUGCUUUCAAAACAGAGCAUAAAGGUGUAACACAAGAGACUGAAUCUCUUGAGGAACUCACCAAAGAAUCGCUUUCAGCUGAAGAACAAGCUGGUCUUGAGGGCACACAUGCACAAAGUGAUUUUGAAGAACUGGCUGAUGCAGAUGAAGCCGUAGACAUUAAAAUCCCAGAAUCUUCUCAUCUUCCACAAGACGCUAAAACUCCUUUGGAUGCGAGAGAAAAUGUCCCAUCUGAACCAGCAUUGGAAACGCACACUGAGUCCGAAAAAGCACAGCCGGCAUUAAAUGUGAGUGAAAUCACUGAAGAACAUGAUCCAAAGAAGUUAGACACGAACAAGAUUGCAAACAUUGAAGACCUUCUUCAGAUGGCCAGCAUGAACAAGAAUAGAAACGCAAACACGAACACUGCAGAUGAUCCUCAGGAUGCACUUAUGAACAACAGCGGAAAAGUGAGGGAAACAAUUGGCGAAGAUGAAAAGUUAAAGGAGGAACUUGUUACAGAAAGCCCAGAAACUGCACCUCUGUUUGACCAAACGGAGGAACAGAUCGAUAAAGUGAAGAACGAACUCGUGAAUCUACUGAAAAACACACUGGAGUCGGAACAACAGAGUCCUGAAGAUGAAGAUGGAGAGGACGUGGAUGAAGACUCCGAAGAGCUUUUAGAGGAUGAAAACACACUUCUUUCUUCUAAACCUCAAGACAUACAUGAACUGAAAGAAAACCAACAACCUGGCGGCGAUCAAUUGAUCGAAUCCCAACAAAGCGAAAACACCACAAAACAAGAAGAAAAGGACGUGCUUCGUCUUCCUCCCGAAGAGCCUGAAUACAGCGAUAACGUGCUGAGGCUCACAAUCUUACGGGACCACCUGCGGGACGAGGAGAUGGAGCGCAUGCAGAAGUAUUUAUCACUUAAGAACCUGUUCAGAAUCGAGGCCAUGUUUUCAGAUCUAGAUCUGGAGAUGAAGUCCACCAGAGAGCUGCAGACGGACACGGAGGAAAUCGAGCGAACGCUGGACCAGAUCAUGGAGGCCUCGGAGAACUCGAUUCUCGACGCGACAGAGGACAUAUUGAACGAAAGAGAGCGGAAAUCUCAGCAGAAGGAGCCGGAAGAGUAUGAUUUCGAGGCUGCUAUCUUAGACGCUUUCCAGGAGAUCGCUUUCGCUUUACGACAGAAAUAUUCAGCGGCCAGUGACAGCGCACCGCUGGUCGAGGAAGAGCUGCUUGCAUCUGAAACAGAUGAAAAAGUUGGCUCUGAAGAGGUGAAGGCUUUGGACGGUGACAUCGAAGAGACUGAACCACCCAAGAGUCCUGAAAUACACGAGGAGCAGAAUGAAUCUGAAGUGAAUCUGAAUGAAGACGUGGGUCUGGAGGAGGACGGGGGCCAUUUCAACAGAAAUAAAGAUGCUCAGACAGGGUUCGAAGACACCGAGGAGAUUCAAAAGGGGCCUCGUGCUAUUUUGGAGAACCCAGUGGACAUCGGCUUUCCCUUCGAAGUGGAUCCAUCUUCAGGUUCACUGGAGUCUCCAAGUGUCUCUGAUAUCCAUGACACUGAAGCAAGCAGCGAUUCCUCAACUUCAGAUGAGCUUUGGAGUUUUGUGCAUCUCGUCAAAGAAUAUCUUGGAGUGUACGGAGAAAGUGUGAUCACGGCUCUUCCGGAGGAAUGGCGACCGGGUCCCAAUUUCCACGGAGUCCCCUGGGAGCCGGUGGUUGCUACGCUGGUUGUCGGGGCCCUCACAGUACUGAUGUUCUUCUGGAGGACCGUUCUUGCUAUCAAAGGCAGAACAUAUCAAUUAACUGAAAAGCAGCUUCGAGACAAGAUCCAGCAGCUUCUCAAGGAGAAAUCUGAUGCUGCCAACAAGAUCACAGAAUUAAACGACAUGAUAAAAGAGCGUGAAGAACAGCUGAAGAACUCUGAGAAAUCACUGAGCUCCAGCCAACAAGAAGUCAAAGGCCUGAAGAGUCAUCACCAGAAGCUCCAGAGCCAAUGGGAGCAGAUGUCUGGGAGCGUUUCACAGCUCAACCAGAAAAUAGUGGACACACAGGAAGAAAAUUCAAAUCUUAAUGAGAAGAUUGCCAAAAUGCACCAGAGAAUCGAGAAAUACCAGAAAACACUGAAGAGCUAUGAUGAGGAGCGUGCAAAGGUUCACGUCCUCAUGGAUGAAGCCAAACUCAGAGAAGAUGCUCUUAAAGCUCAGGUUCUGUCCUUUGAGAAAGAAAACGGCGCUUUAAAAGAGCACAAGACAUCUCUCCUCCGUGAUGCUAAAGACUGGCAGGAGAAGCACAAGAAACUGAGCGAGGAGAUCCGAGUUUACCACAAAUCCCAGAAAGAGCUGGAAGACUCUCUGGUGCACAAGGAGAAUGAGAUCGAUGUUUUAUCCAGCUGUAUUGCAGAGCUCAACCGUCUGGGAGCCUGUGAUCCUGCAGAACUACAGAAAGAUGACGCUAAGAUGUCUAACGGAGAAGAUGCUGAGAAGAAGAUGGACAGCAUGAGACUGCGAAUCAAACAGAUGAUGGACGUCUCCAGGAUUAAAGCGACUCUCGGUGUUAUUGAAGACGAGAGGAAUCGCUACAUGGAAAGUCUCCUCGCCGAACAGAAAGCCAGACAGGAGCUGGAGGAGCAAUAUCAGAAGGUCAUGCUUGACCAGAUGAAUCUGAACAAUGAGAAAACGCAUCUGGAGAACCAGUUCAAGACCCUGCAGCAGAGGCUGGAGAUCACCACUGAACUCUACCAGCAGAAAGAGAACGCACUGCAGCAGAAACUGACUCAGGAGGAGCUGGAGAGACGUGAGAAGGAGUUGAAGCUGUCGGAGGUGGACAGUAAAGCUCUGUGCUCCGAGGAGGAGGUGAGAGCCCUCAAACAGAAGAUCAAGGACAUCGAGGAGGAGAUGCAGCAGAACGAACGCUCUCUGAAGUCUGAGGUGGCAGUCCAGGAGAAGAAAGCCCAUGAGAACUGGUUGAAAGCCCGCACCUCUGAACGAACUCUGGUGGAGGAAAGGAGAGAGUCGGCCACUCUUCGUCAGAAGCUUGUGGAGUAUAGAGAUAAAAUAUCAGACCUGGAGCAAAGUCUGUUCAAACUCAACUCUGGACCUCCAGAUCGCCACGUGCCACCACAGAGAAGAGGUGAUUCGUACGGGCCGUCUCCUGUGAGUGGGGGGGCUCCCUCUCCUCCUCUAAUGAUAGAGGGUCCCGGACGCCCCCCCUCUGCACCUGUGGGGCGACGGGGCGAACCGUUCGGUGCACGACCCCCGUCUGACCCUCACGGACGCUUCUCUGACCUCGGACACCCACUGCCCUCCAGACCAGAAAUGUUUCCUCCGAUGACUUCUUCUCCCUGUGCUCAUGAUGGACCGAUGCAGACGGCACCGGUCAGUGAGACGGCCGAGGCCUCCGAGCAGGUCUCGUCUGAGCCCAUAGAGCCCCUCUCCAAGUCUCAGAGUCAAGGAUCCUUCCUCCCGUCUCCCAUCCGGGAUUCUCCGGUUCCACCACCGAAGUCUUACGGACCCCCGGGCAUGCCGCCUAUGAUGAUCCGACCGCCCAAUGGUCACCUGCCCAUGAUGCCUCCAGAGCCGCGCUUCAGAGCGCCACCCAUGGACUCAUACGGCCCUCCUCCGAUCGGCCCGUUUGGACCUGUCCCGCCUCCGUUUGGACGAGGCCCGCCGUUGGGACCGAGGGACAUCCCGCCCGAAUUCUUCGGCCCUCGCGGACUCCCCCCUCGCCACUUCCCUCCCGGACCUCUGCCGCCCCCCGGGGCCAUGAUCCCGCCUCCGUACGGUGGACGCAGUUUCCAAGGACCCCCUCCGCUAAUCCCUCAGCGCUCCCGAGACGGCGAGGGGAGCGCCACACCAGCCAACGACCCGCCCACGGACGCGUCCCACCAGCACAGCGAGCCUUGACGCGAGAACAUCCCGAUUCGCCAGCUUGACUUUCUCGGGUCCUGAUUCUUAACCAUCUGGUUAAUCUAGUUUGGGUGGAAGAAGAAAAAACGUAAUUUUGUUUGAAUAGCACAUUUGUGACAAAUAAUGAGGGUUUUGAUUUUAUACAUUAGCAAACCUUUCCUAUGGAAAUAGUUUGGUUUAAUAUGCAUUACAGUUGUUUUUCUGGUGGUUGUCAUGUGGUUAAAUCCUCCACCACUUGACCCAGUGCUGAUGCAUUCUGGGAUGUCAAACCGAUAUUUAGGCACGUCGUAAAGCCAUUUCCUCAUGCCUUUAAUGUGAGAGGACUCUGAAGAGACUUUACAUAUUUUUAUGCCUUUUCACCAUUUUUGAAGCCCAUAUUACUGAUGAUUCGCCAGCUCGCCUGUGUUUGUUUUAACGUUUGAUUCGUCGUGCGUCUGCUCUUAUGAUUUCUUUUCCUAGCGGAAAGGCACAUAUGAUGUCAUAUUGACAAAGUAUUUGUACAUUUCUUUCAGCUGCAUAUACAAUAAAAUAUUCUCUCAAAUCGGACAACAGUCAAUAGAAACAGAUGAACGUCGUGUGUUUGUGCAGCCGAGCUUUCAUAGUCAACAGGUGAUUUAAAUGUAUUAUUGGAUGUUGCAUCUGAUGAUGAGACACGAGCAGAAUUAAUUUUACCCACAGAAAAUCUGCUCGUGUUUCAUGAACAAGCCCCAUGAAUGAUGUACUCUGGGUUUCUUAUGCAAUGCUUUUGGAAUCAAAAUGGAAAAAUACUCGAUACUCAAAAUCCAUCGACCUUUAUUCGUCUUAUUUUCUUGGCAUAUAUGGUUUUGUUUGAUAUUAAGAGUAAAUUAUUUUAGGAAGUGUGUUGAGAGGAUGUAUCUUGUGCGCAGAAAGAGUGUUUGCAUCAUGUGUUAAUCCUGGAAAAGAAACCAUUUAAAAAAAAAAAUUGUCAUUGAUUUCACAGAAAUGAAUGAGUUGAAUAAAGCAGUUUUUUUCCUGUA